AAAUCCACCGCGGGGCAGAACGGAUCGUGCCCACGGGCAGGACCUGACCUGCUAUUUCAGUUGACACCAACACAGUAAAACAGGAGGUAGAAAGACAAGCAAAGCCCUGAACGCACCAGACCAGCGGGGGAAGCCAAGCACGUGUGGGUGGGAUGCCACAGCCCGAGGGUGCAGCGGGACCAGAGGUGCUGCCCGCACUGCCCCGGCCCAGCCCCGGGGAUGCGCAGGACACGCGGGGACCUGCCUGGUGCGGGCAGCGCAGCUCCGCCACGGCCGCCUGCCCGCGCCCACCUCGUCCUGCCCGGCCCGGCCCGGGGGCACUCGGACUGGGACCCGGAUGGGACAUGGGUGGAGGGGGAGAGAUAUAGAUACAGAUCUCGGUACCUUGUAUACAGAGGCACCUAUGUCUACUCCAAUAUAACAACACGGGGUCUGUGCCUGUCUGUCCCCAUGUCCUGGAGCUGCAGGACAGGGCAAGGAGGCGUUUGCAGCAAGCGGGGAGCUGGGGGUGCAGCCAGGGGCGGGGGCAAGUUUGCAACGCCCCCCGGCUCCCACCGGCGUGCCCGGUCCGGGGGCUGCAACCUCGCACCUGCUCCCGCAGCCAGCACUCCCCACCCCACUCGCUUUGAACAUAAAACCCUUCUUUAAAUUGCAUGCACUGCCCAUGAGACAAAGCUGAAGGAUCCUUAACUAAAGCGGUGGAGCAUUUACACUGCCUUCUCUCUCAUCAGCAUCAAACAGCCCUGGACAAACCGAACAAGGGGCCUGGGAGCGGCGUAGGGGAGCCCCUCCCCCCGCAAAGUCUGUGGCAGGACACCCCGCACGCGCAGAUGCCCUGCACUACUAAUGUGCAGCGUUGGGGGCUGGGAUCCCCACCCCAAGAAGAGUUGGGGUGCACACGGGGCAGCGCGCGCCCACACCCGGAGCCCGGCCCGAGCCCGCACCCCCCACCCCCGGCACUGUGGGGAAGGGCGUUUGCAGCCGGCCGGGCCGGGCCGGGCCGGGCACUGCGGGAGGCGGCGGUCGCAGCCCCGCUUGGCCCGGCCCGGCCCGGCCCGGCCCGUGCGCUCCCCCCGCGGGGCCGGGCUCCCUCCCCUCUGCUGCCCGCCGGCUGCGGGGCUCGGAGCGGGGCAGCGCCGGGGCCGGGGCCGGGGCCGGGGCCGGGGCCGGGCAGGAGGCGGCCGGAGCAGAGGGGGAGCCCGGCCGCAGCCGCCCCGCCGCCCCCGGCCCUGCGCCGCCCGCGACCUGCCGGGCUCUUCCCGGCACCCCGGGGGCUCCGGGCCUCCGCCGGCCGCGCUGCCCAGGCUGCCCCGGGGGGUGGCGGGGGCCGCCCGCGCCGGACAAGGACCCCGGCCUGCGUGUGUGCGCGUGUGUGCAUGCAUAUUCCCGCACGCGGGCACGAGGGUGUGCGUCUCUCCAUUCUGUAUGUGCAUGUCAGUGUACAUGUGUCUGUGCGUGCAUGCAUGUGCGUGUGUCUGCGUGCAUGUGCGUGCAUGUCUGUGCAUAUGUGCAUGUGUGUUGAUGUGUGUGCGUGUGCAUGCAUGUGCAUUUGUGUGUGCAUGUCUGUGUGCAUUCAUACAUGCAUGUGCCUGUGUGCAUGAGUCUGUGUGUGUGCAUGUGUGCGCAUGCAUGGCUGCAUGUGCCUGCCUGCGUGUGCAUGUAUGCUGUUUGUGCAUGCGUGCAUGUCUGCAUGCAUACAUGCAUGUGUGUGUGCAUGCGCUCCUCUGCAUGUGCGUGUGCCUGUCUGCAUGUGUGUCUGUGUUCAUGGCAGAAGAGUAUAUUUGUGUCUGUGUCCAUGUGCAGAGAGUGAGUGCCUACAGUGCGCUCCUGUCUGCAUGUGUGCGUGAGUGCAUGCAUCUGUGUUCAUGGCAUGGAGAGCGUGUUAAUGUGUCCUCAUGCAGAGUGAGUAGAGAGCACACCUGUCUCUGCGUGCGUGCAUGUGUAUGUGUCUGUAUUCAUGGCAGGGAGAAUAUGUGUGUGUCUGCGUGCCCAUGUGCAGAGAGAUGGUGCGUCAUGAAGGACACGUGCCCACGGCGGUGACGGGAGCACGACGGUGGCAGCGGGAGAGUGGUGGUGCGAAGCGGGAGCUCCCGCAGGCGGCACUGGCGCUGUCAGCGGUCGGAGGGUGGGGGGUGGUGGCGAGCACUGACCAGGGGGCAGCAAGCACCCAGAGACCUUGCCAGCAAUGUCGGCGGUGCGUUUUUGUAGGGGGUGCAGUGCCACGCUCAGGGGGGGCAUGUGUACAUGCGUGCAUCCCUACACAUUGCCCCUGUGGUAAGUAGAGUCACACAAGGAACAAUGGUCACAAACUGACAGAGAGCAGAUUUAGGCUAGGUAUCAGGGAAAACUCCUUCAGAGUAAGGGUGCCCAAAAUUUGGAGUGGGCUCCCAAGGGAGGCAGUGCUCUCUCCCACCUCGGGGGUCUUUAAGAGAGGGCUGGAUAGGCACCUGGCUGGGGGCAUCUGGCCCAGCGCUCCUUCCUGCCCAAGCAGGGGGUCGGACUCGAUGAUCUGUUGAGGUCCCUUCCCACCCUAGCAUCUGUGAAUCUGUGAAUCCGUGCUUAAAGUAUACCAUUUUGUCAGCCUUCAGACCUAGGAGACUUCACAUUUUGUCAUGAGAGCACGCUACCAACAUCCAAGGUGGUUAGCACGUGGGCACUGCUUUAUAGUUAUUUUUUUUAAUGUUUGCAUGAACUGAUCUCCCCAAGCUCACAAAAUGACUUUUUAGUCUUCUAGUUCACCUCCCUUUCCCAAACAAGGCCACGGAGCCACUAUAACAAAUGUAUCUUGUGUUUCACUCUUAGUGACAAAAGGGAUUUAUCUAAUCUUCUUAUGCCACUGCUUCUGUCCCUGGAGUAGCACACCAAGAGAGCAUCGAAUCACCAACUAUGGGACUGGAAGAGACGUCGGGGCCGUCUAGUCACCCCCUGCUCAAGGCAGGAGCACGCCCUACAAACCCGUCCAGCCAAGGAUCAACUCUGCUCUUAUGCAUUGGCAAGCAUGGAGAUUGUACAACUCUCCGGGUAGCCCAUUUCCGUGUUCCAAAAAACCUAAAAAAAAUCACCCUCAUAUAGAGCGAAAGGUCUUAUAUCGAACCAAAAUAUCCCCUGCUGCAAUUCUUGAUUUACUCUGAGUCUGUUGCUGUGGCUGAAGAAAACAGGACACGUCUCCAUCCUGUCCAUUGCCACCUCUCAGGGAUUUGAAGACAUCGAGCUCUCGAGGACUAAUCUCACAACACAGUCGUUCAACCAAGAUACGUCCAUCUUGCAGUCCGUUCAUCUCAAGCGAAAGAGAUAGCGCCAUUAUCGUUAAGGAAGCAGGCAGGAAAGGUAAAAUGAGGAUGGCAGAGAAGGAGCAUUACCUCAAGGCGCAGUAAGCACAUGAUAUCCAUGAAAGAGCCUCUUCAGCCGCAGCUCUGGUGAAAGGGCUGUUUGACCAAAGGCAGAAGAGGGAGAUCCAGGGCACGGAUCUGGUUAAACAUUUCGCCCUCCAGAAAGGGAAAGGGCUUGAAGGGAAACUGAGGGAAGUUGCCCAUGAAAGCGGUGCAAUGCUGAGAGACUGGGAGGAUCCACAGCGUCAAAGGGCCGACAGUAGGCAGCAAGUAAUACAGUGUAUUUCCCCCAGCUCAGAGCUGGGAGCCAGCGGGAGCCCCCCGGCCUACAGAAAUAGAGGUUACGUCACCGCAGGGAACACGUGUGAGAUAGACCUGGGCCGUAUGUUCUUGUGCACGCACAAUAAAUGGUGUUCGUUAGGAGCUGUUGUUGGAGUCCCUUUCCUCAUCCGCUGUCACAGUGCCCUGGAGGGAAACCCUUGCAGGGUCCAGUCCUGGUUGGAGUCCCUCCUUGUGUGUACCAUCAGGUCGUGUGCAAGCCAAGCCCUGUCUCACACCCGGUGGCUGAUGCAGCGGUGCGGCCGGACACGGCCGAGACGUGCAGGUGGGCAGACCCGGAGAACGUGACACGCAUCACAAUGGCCCCUUCUAGAACCGGCUCAUCGCCGUGCGGCUCUUGGAGACGCACACAGCAGGUCAACUGCUCCCGACCCGACACUGGUUGUUGUCAGGUCACACCCGUGUCCUUGCGAUCACCCUGACCGCAAGGCUACAGAAAACUGGAUAGCUUCUUAUCCCAGGAUACAACCAUGGGAUCCUUUGGAGACACAGGAAGGGAAGGAGAAGAUGCUAUUGAGGCUAACUUUGCCCUGGUUGAACACUGAGGAAAAGGGCUGAGGGCUCAACCCAACAAGAACAGUUUUUCUGUUGGCUUUUUUGGUAAUUGAACUGACCCCUAAAUUCUGCUUCCAGUUUCAUUGGUUGCCGUCCAUUGACUCUGGGGGAUUUGCAUAAGCAAAACCUGAUUAUUAAAGUGUUUUGUGUUGGA